CAGGCCUCAACGCUGAAACACUUCUCUCUCCUGCUGCAGUCAAACCCUCUUCACCAUGGGGAGGAUUGGCAAGGAAGUGGUAGGUCAGAUCUUGAGCUUCAUAGGCCUUGUUGGGGUGGCAGUGGCUACUGGGAUCCCCAUGUGGAGAGUGACCACCUAUAUCGGAGCCAACAUUGUGACUGGACAAAUAGUGUGGGAUGGUCUGUGGAUGAACUGUGUGAUGCAGGCCACUGGACAGAUGCAGUGCAAGAUACAAGAUUCUGUGAUGAGCCUGUCCUCAGAUCUGCAAGCUAGCCGAGCUCUUGUCAUCUUGUCCCUCGUUAUCGGCUUCAUUGGCUUCAUAAUCAGCAUCCUUGGAGCCAAGUGCAUGAGCUGCCUGAAGAAAGAUUCAUCGCAGGCCAAGGUGGUGAUCACAGCCGGCUUUCUCAUCAUUGCUGCUGCUAUCCUGAUCCUGAUCCCUGCCUGCUGGUCUGCAUCUGUCACCAUCACAGACUACCAGAGCACCCUUACAAUUUCAACACAGAAGAGGGAGCUUGGUGCCUCUAUCUACAUCGGCUGGGGCUCUGCCGCAAUUCUUCUGAUUGGAGGGAUCAUCCUAACAACUUCCUGUCCUCCUCAAAAACCCAUGUAUGGAUACCCAGGUUACCCACCAGCACCAAUGUACCGUUAUACAGGCCCAGCAAAUUAUGGCCCUGUUUAUGCUCCCCCAUCCAGCGCACAAUACACAGGCACACACCUACCAAGCAAACCAUAUGCAGUACCAGCCACGCACGCUCCUUCACAGUACAUAUAAAAACUGAAGGGACAGACUGAAGAGAAGGACUGAGACUUCUGCCAUGGUGGCUUCAGGAACUUGCUAUGCCUUUAGAAAGUAAAACUGCACCUAAAUAAAAGCUGUCUCUGUAGGAUGGUAUGUAUACCAGUACACUGCAUGGAUGGAUGUAGAAUGUAUUCACUCAAACAAUCACUGUCAUUGUUAUAAUUGAUUAUUAUGAAUGUUUCAUCAAAUGAUUCAUUAUUUGGAUUGAUUUUGUGCUCUGGGGUAAAAUUCUUGUUUAUCAAUUCUUGACAUAUGAAGAAUGUUGUGUCUAUUUGGUUGUGUACAGUGAAGCUUCCAAUGCUUUUCAUAAGAAAGUUACUGUUGGUAUUUAUUUCCUUGUCAUUCAAAGCAUAUUUUGUACAUAAUGAUGUUUG